UGAUUUCGAUGGGAAGAAAUAAUAUUCAGCAUCGAAGGAAUAACAACUGAAAUCAUCCCGUCCUGCAGCAUGCACCUAUGUGAAUGUGGAGAAUGACCAGCAAUGUCCAAGUUGAACAUUCCACCCUUUGUGCCUGCCCGGACUGUGCUGGAAGGCCUCGAGUCAGAGGAUGCGUGUGAAGACAAGAAAGCUGUAAAAAAGGAGAUCCAUAGCAAAAAGGGAGCCAAAAAGGACAAAAUGGAAGAGGAGAAUACAGACCUGCUCAGACUUUGCCACACAGUACCGCUGGAGGUGGUGAACUUAGGUGGGAAAGGUUACGAUCCAGAGAAGAAAGACUACUCAGGUUUUGAGGCCUGGUUGCAGUGUUACUAUGUGGAUGGAAUGAAGUCUGUACGCGACCACAAUGGCAGGACUAUGUGGUUCAAAGGCGAUCCAGGUCCUAUGGCUCCUAAAGAAUCAAAGUCUCCAAAGGCCAAAAAGAGAAAAGAUACAGAUGCAGACCAUGAUUACCCCCGCAAGAAAAAGGUGUCCAGGAAACACAACUCUGACAGCACAGUGAAGAAAAAAGCAGCCAAAAAGCCCACAAAAGCAGCAAAGGAAGAAGAAAAUGGACCUCAAGAAGAAGCCACACCCAGAAGAAGAUCAGCAAACACACCUCAGCAAGAACCGAAAUCCACGUCAGGCAGGAGGAAAAAGAACAAUACAGAGCCAGCUGCAGGUCUGAUUCUAAUAAUACUCCCAUUUUCUGAAAAUAUUAAGAGCCUGAUCUUUGAGGAUCCAAUUCCCACACACUUAUCUGUGUGCGCAAACUAUAAAAUUGCAUGUACUGUUGGUGGACGUGUUGUAUGUGAUCUACUUUGUGCAAUUGAUAGCAGCAAAAGUGGCACAGAUCACCCUAUUUUUGUGUACUAGAAGCAUUAUGUGCCCUUGGAAACACUUCUUUCCCUCUACAUUCAUGUUAUUAUGCUCUCCACACUGGAGGGGGGCUUAUAUUAGAUUAUAGCACAUAUCGAUCAUCUAACACCUUUUCUGCAAUAUAGAAUCACAGUAUGUAUACUAUUUGCAGCAGGAAUGAUCAAACUGCAUAUUGCAAGACAUUUUUUUUAGGAGUUAUACUAAAUACAAAAAAAAAAAACGCAACGCUUUUGUUCUUGUUCCCAAUUUAAAUGAACUCAAAGAUCGAAAACUUUGACUAUAAACACAAAAUACCUGUUCCUCUCAAAUAUUGUUCACAAAUCUGUAUACAUUUGUUAGUGAGCAUUUUUUCUUUGCCAAGAUAAUCCAUCCCACCUGACAGGUGUGCCUUGAGCUGUCCAAAAUAAAAGGCCACUGUGAAAUGUGCAGUUUUAUCACACAACACAAUGCUUCAGAUGUCGCACGUUUUGAGGGAGCGUGCAGUAGGCAUGCUGACUGCAGCAAUGUCCACCAGAGCUGUUGCCCGUCAAUUAAAUGUUUAUUUCUCCGCCAUAAGAAUAGAAUAGAAUAGAAGGUACUUUAUUGAUCCCUGGGGGAAAUUCAGCACCACAGUUCGCUCACAAUAAACAAUGAUAAUAAUAAAUAAUAUAAUAUAUAUGAAUAAUAUAAAUAUAUUCUACAUUUAAGUGCAGUCAAGGAACACAUGCAUUAUACAGUCUGAUGGCUGUCGGUGUGAAGGACCUCCUGUGUCGUUCCGUGUUGCAUUUUGGGAGUCUGAGCCUUCCACUGAAGGUGCUCAUUCUCUCUGCAAGGUCCGAGUGUAGUGGGUGGGAGGUGUUGUCCAUAAUGGCUAGGAGUUUUGCUAGACUUCUCUCUGACACCACCGCCAGAGAGUCCAGCUCCACUCCCAUCUUGUUACUGGCCUUCUCUACCAACUUGUCCAGUCUGUAUGUGUCCCUCACUCUCAGCCCGCUGCCCCAGCAGGCCACGGCGUACAAGAGGGCGCCUGCCACCAGCGACUCGUAGAACAUCUUCAACAUCUUUGUACAGACGUUGAAGGAUCCUAGCCUCCAAAGGAAAUAUAGAUUCGGCUCUGUCCCUUCUUGUAGAGGGCCUCAGCGUGUUUUGACCCAUUCAGCUUGUUGUCCAUGUGUACUCCGAGGUAUUUAUAAUCCUCUACCAUGUCCACAUCCACCCCCUUGAUGGAAAGAGGGGUCGCCAGAGUACUCCUCCUCCUUCCCAGGUCCACAACCAGCUCCUUGGUCUCCGUAACAUUGAGCUGGAGGUGGUUCUUUCCACACCAUGUGACAAAGUCCUCCACCAGUGUCCUGUAUUCCUCGUCAUCACCUUCCUCAAUACACCCCACUAUCGCAGAGUCAUCAGAAAACUUCUGAAGGUGGCAGGACUCUGACUGAUAGUGGAAAUGGGUGGUGUAAAUGGUGUAGAGGAAGGGGGAAGAGUACUGUAGCCUCCGGGGCCCCGGUGUUGCUGACCAGCCUGUCAGACACACAGUCCUGCAGUGGCAUAUACUGUGGUCUGUCAGUCAGGUAAUCUACAACCCAGGACACCAAGGGGGCCUCCACCUGCAUCUUCUCCAACUUCACACCCAGUAGCCCAGGCCGUUUAGUAUAAGCCGCCUCCAAAGGUGUUUCAGAGAAUUUGGCAAUACAUCCAACUGGCCUCACAGCCGCAGACCAUAUUGAUUGGCUGAGACCUGCCACCCGGACAGCUGCUACAACAAUUGGUUUGCUUAACCAUAGCAUUUCUGCACAAACUGUUAGAAACUACCAUGAAUUGAUUAACGUGGACCCCGACUUAAACAAGUUGAAAAACAUAUUGGGGUGUUACCAAUUAGUGGUCAAUUGUACGGAAUAUGUACUGAACUGUGCAAUCUACUAAUAAAAGUAUCAAUCAAUCAAUCUGUCUCAAGAAAGCUCAUCUGCAUGCUCGUGGUCCUCAUCGGGGUCUCGACCUAACUGCAGUUUGUCUUCUUAACCAACUUGAGUGGGCAAAUGCUCACACUCAAUGGCGUCUGGCACAAUACAGAGGUUUUGGUAUGUUAUUAUUGACAGCGAAACCACGUGCAUUUUAUUGAUGGCAUUUUCCAUGCGCAGAGAUACCGUCACGAGACCCUGAGCCCCAUUGUUGUACUAAUCACCCGAGGCCAUCACCUUUAUAAAUAACAUUUACUAACUCAUGUUGCAAGGAUCUGGAAGCUAAAAACAUCCCAGUUCUUGCAUGACCAGCAUACUCACCGGACAUGUCACCCAGUAAGUAAUUUUUGAGAGGAAUAUAUAUUUUCUGUAUAGUAAAAGUUUCAGAUCUUUAAGUUCAAUUCAUGAUAAAUGGGAGCAAAAACAAAAGUGUUGCGUUUAUAUAUUUGUUCAAUACCAUAUUUUUCGGAGUAUAAGUCGCACCUGCCGAAAAUGCAUAAUAAAGAAGGAAAAAAAACAUACAA